AUGAAGAAGCUAAAAGUUCCAGAAGAAAAAGACCAGACGGUAGUGAUAGCAGAGACAAAUUUGGAAGAAUCAACAAGCCUGGCAUUGUACUUGAUGAAUGUAGAAGAAAUGCCAAUGAAAGAUGAUGACGAAACUGAAGUUAUAAUGGAAGAAUGGAUAGAACAGUUCCUUCAGAAUGAUACUCUAAAUAAAGAAAAUAAAGAAAAGGCAGUGUUGUUCUUUAAACAAGAGAGGACUCUGUUCGCAAGCGAUUUAUGA